CUUUGGGCGCGGAAAGGGGCAACCACCAUGGGUGAGGGGGGGCGAAAUUGGUAUCAGGCGAUAGGUCUGGUCAUGCGAAAUGGCGUAGAUGUAGUUUGAUGAUGACCGUCGAUGGGGGUGGGGGGAUAUCGACGGGGGAAAUCUCGUAGUAAUGGCACCGGCGGAUGAGUUGACGUUGCAAUGUCACCCGGCGGUGGCCUGUUUUGGCCCGGCGCACGGCCUCAGGGGUUCGCUUGCCUGUCCGUUUCCGGUUAGUGCGGGGCUGCCCGAUAUCAAAUUGCCCGGGGACGCCGUAGUCGCGACUCGAGACUCUCCGAUGAGACCUCCACUUCAUCCCUCUUGCUAGUUGCUAGUAAUAGAUACUUGCUUCCCUCAAUUCCCCGAUCGUCCUCUCCCUGGAAUUUCUCCACAUUCCCCCUCUCUCCUCUCCCCCUUCCCGCCAUGGACCAUUCCAGUCAACCCAACAACGCCGCCCUCUACGACGCGCGGAGACGCAGGGGCUCCGUCGGCACCACCCAGCUCUUCGACAACAUUGUCUCGGCCUCCAACUUCGACCGAGAUGAAGUGGACCGACUCCGCAAGCGCUUCAUGAAGCUGGACAAGGACAGCUCCGGCACGAUCGACCGCGAUGAGUUCCUCUCCCUUCCUCAAGUCUCCUCCAACCCGCUUGCCACGAGAAUGAUCGCCAUCUUCGAUGAAGACGGUGGCGGCGACGUCGACUUCCAAGAAUUCGUGUCCGGCUUAUCGGCCUUCAGUUCCAAGGGCAACAAAGAAGAGAAGCUCCGGUUCGCAUUCAAAGUCUACGAUAUCGAUCGCGACGGAUACAUCUCCAACGGCGAGCUCUUCAUUGUGCUGAAAAUGAUGGUCGGAAAUAACCUGAAGGAUGUGCAACUGCAGCAGAUUGUUGAUAAGACGAUCAUGGAGGCGGAUAAGGAUGGAGAUGGAAAGAUUAGCUUUGAGGAGUUUACGGAUAUGGUGGAGAACACGGAUGUUAGUUUGAGUAUGACGUUGAGUAAGUGGUCUUUUUCUUUGAUUGGUUGGUUGGUUGGUUGGGGGGUGAGACAUUGAGGAUGGGGAUGAGUGCUGACUGUUUGCUUUAGACCAGAUCUAAUUUGGGAUGGGUAACUUGAUGGAAGGAUGGAUGGAUGGAGUCUCUACAUCCU